AUGUUGUUUGUUUGUUCAAAGUUUAUUUUACAAUAAGGGAAUAUGUUGAAUAAACAAAAUUGUAUGGUUAUAAGUAUAUUGUUUAUCUUUAUAUUGAUAAGUUCAAUGUAUAUAGGUAAGUGGAUUUCAAUGUUAUUUUAAUAUACUGAUUGUGUAUUGGUUUGUAAUGAUGUAAAGUACUUUAUUUGAAUAUUCAAUGGAAUUUAAUCAUCAUUAAGAUAGUCUGAUGAUGAUUCUUUACUUUACUUACUUAAUUAACGCCUGUCACUCCUCAUUGAGGAGCAUAGACUGCCCAUCAGCAUUCUCUGUCCAACUCUGUCAUGGGUAAUCCUUUUCAGUUCUUUCCAGUUGUUAGUCAUCCUUUUCAUCAUAUCUGCUUCUAUUUCUCGACAAAGUAUGUGCUUUGGCCUUCCACUUUUCCGAUUCUAUUCAGGAUUCUAAGUUAGCAUUUGUCUCGUGAUGCAUUUUGGUGAUUUCCGUAAUCUGGAAGUUGGUUUGUCCUCUCCCACAGAAGGUUGUUGUUGAUGAUAUCCAGCCAAUGGAUGCUGAGUAUCUCGCAUUUAUUUAUACAUACUUAUACCUUCUUGAUGAUGUUUCUCCAGAUUCUUUUCUUUACAUAAAAUAUAUUCAAACUAUCAAAGAACUGUUCAGAUGGUAUAUAAUUGUUUGAUUAUAUAUUUUUUGGAUUAAAUUAUGCCUAGAAUAGUUCAUUAUCUAACUGUAAGUAUAAUCUUACGGUUAGAUAGCAUGAUGGAUAUGCCCAGUCAGUAUAGUCCUUUUGAAAUACUAGGUGAUUUAUGGUAGUCGGUAGGAAAAGCUGAACCUACAUUACGUGCAACCUAGGACUCGUCAUGAAAGUUUACUUAUAAUCUUGAGGAAAUUGAUGCUCUCUGUCGAACUCAAACCGACGUCAUCCAACUUCUUAGUCUGUGACGUUACCACUGACUUAUCCAAGACAGUAAUUGACCUCUUAUAAAACUGCAUUUUCUAUCCAUUACCUUCCACCACUUUAGAUCUCAAUAUAAUGCUUAAGAUAUCAAAUCAAUUAGGUUAAUGAUCACAUUGAAUUCAAGGACUAGAUAAACAUGAUACUAGUCUCUAUUCAAUGAUUAAUCUAGUUGUACAAUUCUGUAAAACUAAUAUUGAAGAAGAAAUCUAUCUCUUGUUGUAUUCAAUAUCUUUUAAAGGAAAUUCGGGAGCUUUAAAAUGUUAUGUUUGUCAAAAUUGUACAAAUUUCACAGCUAAAGCUAAUUUCACAAUUAGCAAUGACUGUAAAUCCUGCCAGAAAAUAGUCAAACUAAAAAAUGGCGUUUUAAACGCUAUAACCAGGAGUUGUAUAAAGGAUAUAUGUACUCCAUCGAAUAAAUCUGUAUCACCAUGGCUAAAUAUCACUACAUGUUGUACAAAAAAGGAUCUAUGCAAUCAAUCAAUUCGAUUAUCAUCUGAAAUGAAUAUUCAAUUAAUUUGGAUACUUUUUAGUAUAUGGAUAUGGUAUAACUGUUGAUUGGAAAUAAUAACAAAAAAAUAGUUUUUAAAAGA